CACCCAGGAGCCGCAUAUAGAGGGAUACCGAGGUCAGACAAGGGGAGGUUCCGGCCACGGCCCUGCCCUGCCCUCGACUGCCCGCGACGCUGUACCUGCUCGCACUUCUCCUCCCGCCCCUGCGCCGUGGUUGCGUCCAGCCACUACGUCACCCAUUGUUUACAAAUCAACCCGAGCCGGUAGGAUUCUGGCUACCGCGGCUGCGGCGCGCGGCAAGAGUGCCAGCCGGUCUUCUCCUUUCGCGUCCUCCCCCCGGCUACCCGGCUUCGGCCUCAGCCCUGGCCCCGGAUUCAGCCUCGAAUUCGGCCUCAGCACUGCACCCAGCUCCACUGCGGCCCACCGAGUCGCCAGAGACUCCUGCAGAGCUUCAGAUUCUUGGGCUGGGGACCAUGCCCUGCCGGAGGGAGGAGGAAGAGGAAGCCGGUGAGGAAGCGGAGGCGGAGGAAGAGGAGGAGGAAGACAGUUUUCUCCUGCUGGAGCAGUCAGUGACGCUGGGCGGCUCCGGCGAGGUGGACCGGCUGGUGGCCCAGAUUGGCGAGACGCUGCAGCUGGACGCGACGCAGGACAGCCCUGCCACCCCGUGCGCACCUCCCGGGCCGCUGCUGCGGCCCCCGGCAGCGGUGGUGCGGGCAGACAAGGCCGAGCCUCCGGUUCUGCCUCCUGUGGCGGCCGAGGCGGUGGGCCCAGCGCCACCAGGGGCCCUUCGCUGCGCCCUCGGAGACCGCAACCGCGUGAGAGGCCGGGCUGCGCCCUACUUUGUGGCCGAGUUCGCCGCAGGUCACAGCGCCCUGCCAGGGCCGUGCCGCCGAGGAUGGUUGCGGGGCGCUGUAGCCUCCCGCCGCCUGCAGCAGCGACGAUGGCCCCCAGCCAGCACGCGCGCCCACGACGAUGACCCGCACCGGCUCCUGCAACAGCUCGUGCUCUCGGGGAACCUCAUCAAGGAAGCUGUGCGUAGGAUCCAGCGAGCUGUCGCUGUGGUUGCAGGCCCGGCCAGCGCCUCCGGGACUGGGGGAGGCCGCGGCGGACCGGAGCCGGUCUCUCUGCAGUCCUCGGGUGCCUUGCACUGACCCGGGGUCCCCGAAGUAGGAAGUGGAGGCCGCUGCACAGACGUCCUGCCCUCACCCACCCUGAGCUGAAGCCACCGUCGCCGUUCUGGGAGCGAGAGCCGAGGCUGCAGGGAGGAGUGUUGGGAAAGACCUCCAGCCAAGAAGUUACCGGCCCCAGCAAGGCUGUUGGAAAAAACUUGAACGUGGAGAAAUGCACCGGCCAGGACACGUCUGUGCCGCGUGAGAACUUCCCGGCCACCUUUGGGCCAAGGACCUGGGAUAAACUGGGAGAACUAUGGCAGCUACUUUUAUUGAUUUGUACCUGACUUAACCCUUGGGGGUGUCGUGUUCUUGGAUUGUUUAAAGAUAGGGCCACAAGGGGCGGGAAUUCGUGAGGGCUUUAGAACAAUACUUGAAAACUUAAUGACACGAGUACAUUUUCUUUAUUUUCCGGUGGAGGAGCUUUGUGAAAAUGGUGCUACAAUUGGUGUACAAAGAAAUUCCGGAGGAAAGAGGAAUGUAAAAGCUUGGCAGUGGGUAGUUAGCAUCGCCCCUUCCCUCCCACUUAGUUAGGGGCUGGUCAAGGUGGGAGAUGUGAGGUCCAAUUAUGGGGUGGGAGGUGGAGAAUUUUGAAGGUGGAAAGGUGGAUCGAACUGGAGUUGGAUUUGGGCUUUUUAAUGACUGACCUUGCCACCUGUGGUUCAAGGUCACGGUUUGCUGUACGGGGAAUGCUGUGGGGUUCCUGGGAGAGCUAACUCAUCCCCUUGUCCUUUCUUCCUCUUGCUCCAAAAAAAAGCCAAGUCUGUGCUUUCCUACCUUCUGGAGUCUCCCGAAGAGACACAGGCAUAGAGGGACUUGUGGGGGGAGUUAUUUGUUGGUUUUUUUUUUCCCUGUGCUUUCCUCCUUCCAGACUCCUCCUCCUCAUGAGGCCACUUUUGGCCAUGCCCUGAGCUUUCUCAGAAACGGUCAUAAACAAUCUCUUGAGCCUCUCUCCAGUUCUCCUAGUCUGCCUGUAUUAAUCCACCCGUUCUGGUGUCUGCAUGGGACACCGGGACCCUGGUGGUGGUUCUGCUCUGAUCUGGCCCUGUGUGGAUCCGUGGGCCUGAGCCUCCAUGGGUCCUCUUCCCUCGUACAUUGCUCCUGCCACUAACUCUUCUUUGUAAGUGACUGAAACCAUCUUUAAAAUGUGACUCGCUGAGAGGAGAAACCGCCGGCUUUACCCUUGUGAAACUUGAUGGCACUUUAAGUGAAGUGCUACCCCCCAGCCCCAGACUUGAAGGUAGCUAAACCCAUUUUUUUAAAAAAAGAUUCAAUGGCUCGUUCAUCCUCCAGAUGUAGCUAUUGACGUACACUUCGCACCGGAGUGUCUGAAAUUGUGGCGGUCCUGAUUUAUAGGAUUUCUUAAUUAAAAUGUCUGCUGAAUAAAUUCGUCUUUUGUUUUGGA